UAUAAAUUUACGCAUAAAAAACCGUUCUCCGUUUAUUAGUUAUUUUUAUCUUUCUUUCGAUUAUCAUUGCUUUAAUGUGGCUCCUACAACGUUGUCAAAACAUCAUAAUGACGUUGUGGCAGUAGAUACUUUAGAUAAAAAUGCUGCCAUUUAAAUUGCGACAAUGUUAUCGCAGCCGUUUUAAAGCUUGAAAUAGCAAUGACAACUUCUUUAUAGCAAGAUAGCUACGCAGCCAUAUAGCUGCGACAACGUUUUCAAAGCUCAAAAGAAUCUCUCAUUUUUGCUGCUAGAACGUUGUCAAAACGUCACAAUGACGUCGCAGUAGCUGCGCUAGACAAAAAUGUUGCUAUUUAAGCUACGAUAACGUUAUCGCAGCCGUUUUUAAGCUUUAUAUGUUAGUUGGGUAGUAAUAACCACGAAUAUGCACAGUAGUUGUUAAAUAAUAUCAAAUUCAACCACGAUAUUCGUGAGCGAAGUCAAAUGCAGCGCGCUUGGAACGAACGUUUCCAAAUAUAGCUACUGGUUUAAUUUAAAAGCAUACUUAAUCCUACGCAUCAUUUUCUCCCCACCAUAACUGCCGAAAUCUUUCAUUGAAAUGUCAAAGGUUAGAAUGUAAAAUUCGAAGUAGUUUACUGAACAUGAUAUAUCGACGAAUUCAGGAGUACCGCACGUCGCAACGGUUCACGUGAGAAUGCGCUCUUCCGGCAAUGUACGCAUGCGCAAGUAUGAAACGUGGACAGGAAUAUCCUAUAACCAUGCCGCAGGGUUCGAACGUUAUUAUUACGAUAAAAGCAGCAUUUUAUGCAAUUGACUUAAAUUCUAUACUAUAGUUGUCUUUGCGACCGCGCGAAAGGAUCUCGCCCAGCAUUCGAGGCAUUCCAUAAAUUUUUAGUGUGAUUUAAACUUUUACUCAACACCAUCUUCUAUCUCUUUUAAAGCGUUAAUCGAAUAUUAAACCUAAUGUACGAAAAGUGUGGUAAUAGUUCAUAAUCAUUCGUAAAGUAAGAAACCUCACAGUGUCGAGUAGCUUACGCUUUUCCGUAUUUGCGUCAGUAUUCUUGCACGAAAUGGAUGUUACCAUGAAGUAUUACAAUAUUAACCGCCUUCUUUUAUUGAGCAUCGGAUUAUGGCCGUAUCAAAAGAGCACGUCCAAUAAGAUUUACGUAGUCUUCAUGCUUAUCAUUUUCACGCAAACCUUCGCUUUGCAGAUGGCUUCAUUCCUCACAAUGGGUUUCAGCAUUCGUCUACUUUUAGAAGUUCUGUCAACUGUAUUCAUAACUAUUGUUUUCCUUUUCAAAUAUAAUACGAUUUAUCUCAAGAUGGAUAAUAUAAAGCUAUUCUUAGAACGCAUUGAGUACGAUUGGAGUACGCUAAAAGACUCGACGGAGAUUGAAAUAAUGAAGAAGCAGACUAACAUUGGGCGGUUGUACACGAAAUAUUUUACGUUGACCAUGUAUAUAAUUACCUUCUUGUUUGUCAUGACGCAUUACGUGCCAUUUAUGCUGGACAUUGUAAUACCAUUAGCUGAACCUCGACCACGAAAGAUUCUGAUAGCCAUAGAAAUGUUCAUCGACAGACACAAAUAUUUUCAUCUAAUAUUGUUAUAUAUAAUAUUGAUAAGCUCAUUCGGUAUAACUACCAUAAUAGCGGCCGAAACUCUGUUGAUGGCAUUAGUGCAACAUACGUGUGGAUUAUUAAAAGUUUCCAGUUAUCGAAUAACACGCGCUUUCGAUAACAAUUACUGUUCGGUUCUUAGACAUGGCAAAAAGUGCAUAGUUUGUAGCCGGUUGGCGAGCGCUGUGAAAAUCCACAGGAGUGCUAUCUUGUUCGCGGAUUACAUACGAGAUAGUUUUGGAAUAUCUUAUCUUAUAUUGAUGACGUUUGGAGUUGCUUCCUUAAGCAUUAAUCUAUACCGAUUAUCCAUAGUGUUUACUGUAGUGAAUGGUAUCGACAUACUUAUCAUUUUUGCAUUUAUCUGCGGGCAUUUCCUUUAUAUGUUUUGGUGCAAUUACGCUAGUCAGGAAUUAAUGAAUCACAGUGUCGAAGUUUAUCACCGGGCGUAUAAUACACAGUGGUACAUGUCUGCGGUGCACACUCAAAAAAUGUUAAUCUUGAUAUUGCACAGAAGUGCUAAACCUUCUAUCAUUGGCGUUUCUAAUUUAUUUGUGGGUUCUUUGGAAGGUUUUGGAACGCUCGUGAGUGCGUCUUUGAGUUAUUUCGCAGUGAUUUAUUCCGUUGGAUGAAAUCAAGAAUAACUAAGCACAUCAAAUAUUAUAUAUAUGUUUGCA